AUGAAUGCAUGCAUCGCAGAGAAGGCGAAAGCGACAUCACCCAGGCGGUCGCACUGUCGUUCGAUUGAAAUAUCGAACGUAGGAGACCUCGUCCAUGUUCGAAACGAUGAAUCUCGCGGCUCAUGGCAAUUAGCUUGUGUCAUUAAAAUUAUUAAAAGUUCAGAUGAACAAAUACGUUUACCAUCGGGCACGGUUUUAACGCGUGGACUUAUGCAUCUGUAUUCGUUGGAAUGUGACGAAAAGUUCGAUAUGAUUGAUGAACCAACGGAAAUUAAAGCCGAUAAAAACGAACCUUUAGUUCAACAUCGUCCAGUACAUAAAGCUGCUAAAAAGGCUUCAACUAAAAUGCAACAAUUACACGAACUUUCUGACUGA